AUGGAUAUUUUGAAGACGAAUCCUGUUUAUCUCGGUGGUGCGCUCGUAUGCAUCGCACUGGCUGCGUACGUCUAUGCCGGGCUCACAAACCCCUUGUCGAAUAUUCCUGGGCCAUGGUACACCAGGUUCACAACACUGCCAUCGACAUUCAAGGUCAUCACAGCACACCACCCCGAUUGGAUCCAUGAUCUACACGCCAAGUACGGGCCGGUGGUGCGAUACAGUCCACACGAGGUCGAUAUUUCUGAUCCACCAACAUGCCAGCGGAUUCACAGCGUGAAGACUGGAUUCUUCAAGUCGCCAUUCUACUCACUUCUCAUCACGGAUUCCUCUAGCGUGUUCAACGAGAUACGCCCAGAGAUCCACCGCAAGUACAAGCGUUUGUUGUCAAAUCCCAUGUCAGAGACUGGCUUGAAGACGUUCCUCCCUCGCAUCGACAGUAAGGUCCGCUUGGCCAUUGAGCGCAUCCGUGACGAAAACAAGGUUCGAGGUGCAGCCGACAUUGCGAAGUGGUUUAUGUUCCUCUCGUUUGAUGUUAUCGGUGAUCUAGCCUUUGGAGAGUCCUUCGGCAAUUUGGAAAGCGGCAAGAAGAACCGAUCUGUCAACGACUUCGUUAGUCUCGGUUUCGUCGGCGGAUUACGGUCCAUGUUCCCCACAAUCGCCCAAAUCUCUCUCUACCUUCCGAUUCCAGUCUUCAAAGAAGCCACCGCAGUCCAAUACCGUACUUUUGACUACGCUCAGGGUGCCCUAGACCGCCACGCUAAGCGCGUCGAAGAGACUGGAUCAGAUCCCCACCCGACAGUCUUCUCCAAGCUCUACAACGCCGGCGAAGAAGAGACCUGGAACCCGAUCGAGAUCCGCGACAACGCGCAGGUCUUCAUCGUGGGUGGCAGCGACACGACCGCCAACUCGAUGAUCUACCUCGUCUGGGCGGUGUGCAAGAUUCCCGAGAUCAAAGCCAAGCUCAUGAAAGAGCUGGAUGCUCUUCCGGACAACUACACAUACGAUCAGUUGAAGGAGCUGACAUUCUAUCCCGAGAGGUGGGAGAAUACCACGCAGGAGAUGAAGGAUUGCACCAUGCCCUUUGGCGGUGGUGCCCGAAUGUUCUUCUCGGAAGCCAAGGCAUUUAGUCCGGCGGGGAAUUCGGAUGCGGGAGUAAACUUUCCCAUGUCAUGCCGCGUUGUGGAACUGGGGCGAUACGGAGCGGGGCUCAAGGGCGCCGUGCCCCGCCAUCGGCUACAAGGACCCCACUACCCCGCUGCGGCCCCCUUGCGGCGGAAUGGUUCGACCGCGCCCUAUGACUUCAUGCUGAGCCGCCCGUGGUUCAGACUUCCUAUCUCAUUCCAUCUCAUUGACACCCCAUACACCGAAGCAAUGGCCGAAACACCAAGCGCAAAGCGUCAGAAGUCCUCCAAGGACGUCUCCUACGAACUCAUCUACUGGCCAGGCCUCCCCGGCCGCGGCGAACACGUUCGUCUCCUCCUCGAGGAGGCCGGCGCUGAAUACACCGAUACCGCACAGAUCGAAGACGGCGUCAAGAGCGUUCUGGCUCAGAUCGACGACAAGAACCUGGGCGACGAACACAACCCGCCUCCCUUGGCGCCUCCCAUCCUGAAGCAUGGAGACCUCCUCAUCAGCCAGACGCCUAACAUCCUGCUCUACCUCGGACCACGCCUCGGCCUCGCACCCAAGAUCUCAGAGGGUGACGACGGCAUCUACAUUGUCAACGGCCUUGCACUGACUGCACUGGACGGACUCAGCAACGAGGCUCACGACACUCACCACCCCAUCGCGACGGGUCUGUACUACGAGGACCAGAAGGAGGAGAGUAAACUCAAGGCGAAGGACUACAUCGCCAAUCGGUUGCCCAAGUUCCUUGGGUACUUUGAGCGGGUGCUCAAGAGCAAGGCCAGCGGCGAAGGUCCAUGGCUUUACGGAGGCUCUUUGACAUACGCUGACUUGGUGCUCUUCCAGUGUAUCGAUGGUCUCAAGUUCGCGUUCCCCAAUGCUCUGAAGCGAAUCGAGGCUACUGGCGACUACAAGGGUCUCUUUGCGCUCUAUGAGGCCGUCAAGGAGCGGCCCAAGAUCAAAGAAUACCUCGCUAGCGAUCGUAGACAAAAUUAUUCGCAGGGCAUUUACCGUCACUAUCCUGAAUUGGAUGAAGAGUACAGUGAGACUGGUGUCAUCUAG